UAGCAACCGGGGGUGCAGUUCGACCCACCGCCACUCCUCCGGGAACAGCAGCAGCACCCUGGUGACCGCCCGCCCUGUGCACCUCAGGCGUAGAAUGAGGAGAGAAGGGCAGGGAACGGGCAAGGGCUCCUUCAUUCUUCCUUUGCCUCACGACCUUUCUGGAAGGUGAAGAGAGUUAGGAAUUCCUUUCCUCUUCCUCCUCCAUUCCAAAAUGCCAAUCACGCCAGACAGGCGUCUCCCUGAGGAGAUAUAGAGUAGACAUAUAAUUGAGGGAGGAAGAGUGAGAUCUGAGCUUGCUGAUUUUGUUGGUUGGGAAGGGGGAGUCAGAGGCGGAGCUCAAUUAAACCCAUCUCUGUGCUAGACUCAGUACCCAUCAAUCCUUUGGCUAGAGCCAGGGUGGGGGUGGGGGGAGGAGAUGAGGGUGGGGGUCAUUCCUGGGCAAUCUUCUUUGCCUGGGUUAAGAACAGAGAAGAUCAGGGAACUGGGAGAAGGUGAGCCCUGAAGGGAUCCAGGGUUAGAGAGAGCAGUGAGGGUAUUUGGGAUGUGAGAUGUUUCAAGGGAAAUGAAGCGGAAGGAGAAAUUGAAAUCGAAGGUCCCCUCCCUCUCCAUGACUAGGGCUUCUUGUGUCAGGUUUAUGGAGUGGUGGGGAGGGGAGAGGGUGGUCCUCUGGGCACUGUGCCAGUCCUGAGGGGUGGACCCAUGCCUGUUUUACCCAACCUCCUCACACAUCUAUACGGGGGAGGGGCCGCCCCUUAGAAGAAGAGACUCCACAUCUCCCCCCUCCUCACUCUGGCUUCUGCCAAUCAGGAAAGCCUUGGAGGCAGCUGAGCCCUGCCAUUGGCUAACCCCUUGGAGGGGCUCCUAAGGACCCUCCUUCCCCCGGCUUAGAACCUUCAGGCUGGGAGGGUGGCAGACAGUGCUACUGCAGCACUAGGGGCUGGGGGGCUGGGAACAGAGGGAACCGGGCAGUUAUGGCGGGCAGCCCAGGCAGCGGUGCCUCCUUGGAGGGCAUAUCCCUGGGCUCUUCAGAGGAAGCAGAGCUCCGGAGGGAAGCCAUGCAGCAAGUCCUAGACAACCUGGGUACUUUCCCCAAUGCCACGGGAGCUGCAGAAUUAGACCUGAUCUUCCUCCGAGGCAUCAUGGAAAGUCCAAUAGUAAGAUCCUUGGCGAAGGCCCAUGAACGCCUAGAAGAGACCAAACUGGAGGCAGUUCGGGACAAUAACCUGGAGCUGGUUCAGGAGAUCCUUAGGGACCUGGCUGAGCUGGCUGAGCAGAGUAGCACGGCUGCUGAACUUGCCCAUAUCCUCCAGGAGCCCCAUUUCCAGUCCCUCCUGGAGACACAUGACUCAGUGGCAUCCAAGAGCUAUGAGACUCCACCUCCCAGCCCUGGCCUGGACCCCAUGUUCAACAACCAGCCUGUUCCCCCAGAUGCUGUACGAAUGGUGGGCAUCCGAAAGACUGCAGGAGAGCACUUGGGUGUGACAUUCCGAGUGGAGGGUGGAGAGCUGGUAAUUGCCCGAAUCCUGCAUGGGGGCAUGGUGGCCCAGCAGGGCCUGCUGCACGUGGGGGAUGUCAUCAAGGAGGUGAAUGGGCAGCCUGUGGGCAGUGACCCCCGGGGGCUGCAGGAGUUACUCCGAAGUGCCAGUGGAAGCGUCAUCCUCAAGAUCCUGCCCAGUUACCAGGAGCCCCACUUGCCUCGACAGGUGUUUGUCAAAUGCCACUUUGACUAUGAACCAGCCCGGGAUAGCCUGAUCCCCUGCAAGGAAGCUGGUCUACGCUUUUGUGCUGGGGACCUGCUCCAGAUUGUGAAUCAGGAUGAUGCUAAUUGGUGGCAAGCAUGCCAUGUAGAGGGGGGCAGUGCCGGGCUUAUCCCUAGCCAGCUGCUGGAAGAGAAACGGAAGGCCUUUGUCAAGAGGGACCUGGAGAUGACACCAACCUCAGGUGCCCUGUGUGGCAGCAUUUCAGGCAAGAAGAAGAAGAGAAUGAUGUAUCUCACCACCAAGAAUGCAGAGUUUGAUCGGCAUGAGCUUCUGAUCUAUGAGGAAGUGGCCCGGAUGCCCCCUUUCCGUCGGAAAACCCUAGUGCUGAUCGGGGCACAGGGUGUGGGACGACGUAGCCUGAAGAACAAGCUCAUCAUGUGGGACCAAGAUCGCUAUGGCACCACAGUGCCCUACACAUCUCGUCGGCCUAAGGACACCGAGCGGGAAGGCCAAGGCUAUAGUUUUGUGACUCGGGCAGAGAUGGAAGCAGACAUUCGUGCUGGCCGCUACCUUGAGCAUGGGGAAUAUGAAGGAAACCUGUACGGCACUCGAAUUGAUUCCAUCCGAAACGUGCUCAGUGCUGGCAAGGUGUGCGUGUUGGAUGUCAAUCCCCAGGCUGUGAAGGUGCUAAGAACUGCAGAGUUUGUCCCAUAUGUGGUUUUCAUUGAGGCUCCUGACUUUGAGACACUGCGUGCCAUGAACCGGGCUGCCCUAGAGAGUGGGGUGGCCACCAAGCAACUCACGGAGGCAGACUUGAAGCGGACAGUGGAAGAGAGCAGUCGGAUCCAGAGAGGGUAUGGGCACUACUUUGAUCUCACGCUGGUGAAUGACAACCUUGAGAGGACCUUCCGAGAGCUUCAGACUGCAAUGGAGAAGCUGCGAACAGAACCCCAGUGGGUGCCUGUCAGCUGGGUAUAUUAACCCUGCUGCCCAUCCACCCGUCUCUGGCACAGGGAUUCACAUCCUCAUUCCACAAUCCUUAGUCACUCAGACCUCAUCCUUUGCUCUGAGCUGUCCUUGGGCAUCCUUUGCAGAGGUUCCCAUGUCCCUUCGCCCAGCUCCCUUGGGAAGCUGUGUCCAUUCCUUGGGAUAAAAAGCCAGGUGGGCAGUAAAAGCUAGCUUCAGCUCUGAAGAAGACACUGUCAGGGAGGGUAUGUUCAUGGGGCACUUUGGUGCCCAGGUGCUGCCCACCUCUCCUAUGCCUGUUAGCUAUCAGCCAACCUGGUGCCCUCCCCUCCCCUCUCUAAGGGACCAAACUGUGCUUAGGAGGGUGGGGGAAGGGGAGAAGCCCCCCCCAAGGUGCCCAUCAGUCCAUAAAUGAGAAAAGCUGACACUUAGGUGGGCACCACCACCUCUAUUUAGUCACCUUUUCUCCUCAGGGCUAGCAGAUCUGCCCCUACCCGAGUGCCCUUCCUACUGACUAGUCACUUAAUCCUGGGAUCCAGGGAUGGGAGAAUUAUUGUGUCACCAUCUAAAUGAGCUGGCCAUUUUGUCCAGACCUGCCUAGGAGCUAGUUCUGCCUGGUGCUACCUCCAAAGCCUGGGGAAGAUUGAAGCACAUGAAUGAAGCCAGGGCCCAGGGUGGAAAGUGGGCACUGUCCUCUUUCUGGAAGUUCCUGGAGAACAGAAUGGAAUAUGUAUUGGGAAAGAUUCCCAGGGCUUAGCCUCUCUCCCUAUCUCUCCUGCCCUCCCCCAAGAACACAGCAACUCACUGCCGAAGACUCCCCUAUUGUAUCUCCCAGACCCCUUAGCACUGCCCUUCUUCAACCUUCAAUGUGGGGGUAUUGGGAUGGGUGGGAAGAUCUUGGCCUUGAUAAGGGAAAGCUAGACUUCCUCUAUGAUUUCUGCUGAAGGUCUCCAAGAACUUGGAAAAAUCAAGAAGGGCAAGUCAACCUCAUGAUCUGGGUUCAAAUAUUCCUUGGUGUCUCCUCAAGGGUUCAGUCUUUUCUCCUGAAUCCCUCCAGGCAAUCUGGGCACUAGCUGACAGGACCUGGCUCUGGGAGUCCUACUAGAAGGGUAGACAUGGGAGGCCUGGGGGACCUGGGAAGAGUAGGAUUGAGAAAGCUGGGUAAGAAUGUAGCCUGAAGAAUGGAGCUUCUUCUGCCCAUGUCACACUGAUCAUAUGUGUAUGAGAUACCAACGUCUGAAGACUUGGGCCUCUCUUUCAGAGAGGGAUGAGUUCUUUUGCUCCAGAGGAGAAAUUUUGGAGUCUGUGUAGUGGGAUUGUUGUGGAUGGUCCCUAUUUCUCCUUCACGUUAUGAAGGUCCCUUUUCUUAAACUGGGGAGAAAUCCCAUAUUCCAGUCUUAGAAAUUGUCAGAUUUUUAUCUCCUAUGCUGAUUUCCAUGCUCCAUCCUUCAGUUUUGUGAGGGGAUACCAUGACCCCCUAAUUUAGGAGUUUGGAGCAGUACAGAAGUCAUCUUUGUAAAAUUCCCCUUUAAGGAAAAAAAACAAAAAAUGCUGUCUUGGAAUUUCUAGGGUCAUUUAAUUUCCCCCCCUACCUUCCCAUAGGAUAGCCCUUUUAUCCCAUAGGAAAUAAUAGGAAACCCCAGAGAGAAGGGAAAAACCAACCUCUCCCUGGUGUCCAUGUUUGGGGCCUCAGACCUCAUCCCACUCCACAUUCUUACCUGAACUUGAGGGCCCAGCUAGUCCUUCAGUGUCUCAACUCAUCUUUCCUGCUGUAAUGCCAACACCAGCUGGCCCCUAAACCACUGUGAUCCCCCAUCCCAGUGUAUCGGGGAGGGAGGGAUGUCCCUUUCUAGGAGGCCCUGGAAAUUAGUGCCCCCUAAUCCCUUUUCAGUGCUCCCUUCCCUGGGAGGGCCCUCCUGAGAGGAGGAGGAGGAAGAGAAACAUACAAGAGACUUGAGUAAAGAGAGAAUAAACAGACUUAUUUAUUACAAA